GACUGCCUCGGUUUCCAUGCUCGUUUCCAUGCACCGCCUUCUAACAACAUGGCGCCAGUUUACAGCUGUGCUGGCUUCCAAAGGGAUGUGAAAAACCGCGCGGUAAGAGAAAAAUAUGAUUAUUGAAAGUAACAGUUAACUACAAAAAUUAUACCGGUACCGUAGUUCUUAUAAAUAAUACUUGUGCUCUUUUCAUGUAAAAUUCAGGAGUUUGCGUGCAGCAACAGUUUAUUAGUGACAGGUUGCGCAUGAGCCCACCUGCGAGAGAAACUGUGACGACGGUGGACCAAUAUGAUGAAUCUCCUGAACCUGACAAUAUAGUGGACGAUAUAAUUUGAUAGAGACCGACAAUAUUAUGUCUAUUCUUCGACAGCGAGGUAACGCGUAAACGUCUCCGUAGUCUCAUUGUAGUGCAAUAAAUAACUUUCUCUUUCAAGAUUGAAAAAGCUCACUCUAUAAUGAAUGAAGAGAAUUAUGCGCAAUCGGAGGUUGAAAGGGAAAAGCUCCCUCCAAUAUUCAAUACGUCACCAGUUAUGGAUUUGGUGCGUGGCGCGAAGCAGCCCUUUCCCUCCCUCAGCACGUUCAUCUCCUCCCUUAACCAGCGUAGGGAGACGGGAGGCCGGUUCAGCGUGGGCACAAACCCGAGUCUACCAGGCAGACGACAUGGGAGUGAGCUACCUCCUAUUUGCAGUGAUGUGAGGCAGAAACAGAAGAUUUCCAUCGACACACUUCCCCCCGAGGUGAAGGCCCCGUUCCCCUCUGAACCUGUCAUCCCCCUCCGCACUAAGACCACCAAAGAGUUCCAGGAAGACAUGGAGCGAGCCACAACCUCAGGGGACUGGAGGGAUGUGAGGGAUUUCUACCUAACCACCUUUGACUCCUUUCUAGAGAUCAAUGCUGCCUUCAAGAGAGAUGCUAACGCCCCAUUUAACACAAUAGAGGAUUCUGGAGUCAACUCAAAAUUUGUGAAUGCUGUUUAUGAUGCUUUACUCUGCACACCUCAAGACAUCCAGAAAUCAGUUUUAAAGGGAAUCAUUAACAGCCUAUUGAGAGAGUGGAAAGGACCCAGAACGAAAGAUGACCUGAGGGCAUACUUCAUCUUAGUUCAGAACCCUCAGUAUUCCAGCACCAGUACCCAUGUGAUCUACGCCCACCUACUGAGACAGAUAGCUGCCCUGUCCGAGGCUGACCACCAUUUCCUAGUGCACUGGUUUAAAAAAUUGUCUCCAAGGCGUUUCAGGCAGCUGGUGGAGCGUUUUCUUCACUUCAUCUCUACUCGUCUAUUACCGGCUCCUCCUGAUGAAUUGCCCCAUCUGACCAGGUGCUCCUGGUGGAUCCCUGCUGCCACCAAGGUCCUCGCCCUCUUCAACGCAGCUAACAGCAUAUCCACGCCUCCUAUCAUGUCCUUCACGGACUUCUACAACAUCACCUUGGACCACAUCGACAUCAUGGAGCAGUACCGCACCUGGCAGAGCCACGGCAACUCCAACAAGUUCUCUUUCUGCCAGUUCCCAUUUAUCCUGUCAACGGUGGUGAAGAAAGCCAUCAUCCAGAGAGACUCCGAACAGCAGAUGAUCAGCAUGGCCAGACAAAGCCUGGUGAACAAGGUCUCUCGCAGGCAGAGAGUGGACAUGAACCUGUUGUUCCUCAACAUCAAGGUACGACGGGCCCAGCUACUCAGCGACUCAUUGGAUGAGCUGAGCAGGAAGAGAGCAGACCUGAAGAAGAAGCUCAAGGUGACUUUCGUAGGAGAGGCGGGGCUCGACAUGGGCGGCCUCACCAAGGAAUGGUUCCUGCUGCUGGUUCGACAGAUUUUCCACACUGACUAUGGCAUGUUCACCUACUUGAAGGAUUCCCGUUGUCAUUGGUUCAGCAGCUGGAAAUGUGACAACUACUCUGAGUUUCAAUUGGUCGGGACUCUCAUGGGUCUUGCUGUGUACAACAGCAUUGCUCUGGACAUCCACUUCCCUCCUUACUGUUACAAGAAGCUCUUGACUCCACCCAUUGUGCCUUGUGACCAGAAUACCCCCAUCGGCAUGGCAACCGCCACGCUGGGCGACCUGCAGCAGGUCAUGCCGGACCUGGCUCAUGGGCUUGGAGAGCUGCUCUGCUAUGAGGGCAAUGUGGAGGAAGACUUCUAUCUGACCUUCCAGGUUUUCCAAGAGGAGCUCGGGGUGGUCAGGUCCUAUAACCUGAAACCUGGAGGUGACAAGAUCCCAGUCAACAAACAGAACAGAAAGGAAUAUGUUCAGCUGUACGCUGAUUUCCUGCUUAAUAAGUCAGUUUACAAGCAGUUUGCAGCCUUCUAUCGUGGUUUCCACAGUGUGUGUGCGUCAGACGCUCUGAUGCUGCUGAGGCCAGAGGAGGUGGAGAUGCUGGUGUGUGGGAGUCCAGAGCUGGACAUGAGCGCCCUGCAGAGAGCAGCUCAGUACGAGGGCUACAGCAAAGCUGACCUCACAGUACGCUGUUUCUGGGACGUGGUGCUGGCUUUCCCCUUGGAGUUGCAGAAGAAGCUGCUCCACUUCGCCACAGGAAGUGACCGUGUCCCCGUGGGAGGGUUGGCCGACCUCAACUUCAAGAUCGCCAAGAUCGACGUUUCCACUGACUGGUUACCCAUAUCUCACACCUGCUUCAACCAGAUCUGCCUCCCACCGUAUAAAAGCAGGAAGGAACUGAAGCAGAAGUUAACCAUCGCCAUCUCCAACGCAGAGGGCUUUGGCUUAGAGUGACUCAGUCUGCAGCUAUUAGAUUGACAGUAAGAUGAGAGAAGGUGAUUCCGCAAACUUUCCAGAUGUGCUUUAGAAUUACAUUCCUCCAAAAAUAGAAUCUUAUAUAGACUACAUGACCAAAAGUAUGUGGACACCUGCUCAUUGAACAUCUCAUCCCAAAAUCAUGGGCAUUAAUAUGG